GCUCCAAAGGACUCAAAGUGUGACAUUCCUACAAACCUCCAUUGGGGAAUAAAGGGCGCUAACCUCAAAGUGAAGUCAAAGAAUUAUUAUGAAGUUGUACUCUAUGCAAAAUCAUUUGCUUAUGGCUCUAAAACACCUUACGCGAAAUGCACAAAACCCAAGCCUACACCUGCUCCAUACUAUUACAAAUUUCCUCCACCUCCAUUUCCGACAUAUAUUUAUAAGUCACCACCUCCUCCAUCACCGUCAUAUAUUUACAAGUCACUACCUCCCCCAACACCGGCAUACAUUUACAAAUCUUCGCCACCACAAACUAAUAAGUCUCCACAACUUUCAUAUUAUUGCAAAUCUCCACCUCUACCAUCACCAAAACCUGCAUCUGUAUACUAUUAUAAAAUACCACCAUCCCCGUCACCAUUGUCCCCUCCUCUUUACUAUUACAAAUCUCCUCAACCACCGUCAUCUUCUCCUCCUCCAUAGUACCACAUGUCAUGACUACCCCAUCACCGUCACCUCCGCAACCAUACUACUACAAGUCUCCUCCUCCACCGUCUUCUUCACCACCCCUACCCACCUAUUACAAGUCCCCACCGCCACCGUCUUCAUCUCCUCGACCUCCAUACUACUAUAAAUCUCCUCCUCCAUCAUCGCCUUCUCCUCCUUUACCAUACUAUUAUAAGACACCACCACCACUAUCACCAUCUCCUCUGCCACUUUAUUAUUACAAAUCUCCACCACCACCAUCGCCAUCACCUCCACCUCCCUACUAUUACAAGUCUUCACCAUCACCUCCACCACCUUAUUACUACAAAUCUCCUCCACCAUCCUUGUCACCAUCCCUAACCUACUACUACAAGUCUCCACCUCCACCAUUACUAUCACCCCCACCUCCCUAUUACUACCACUCUCCACCUCCACCAGUGAAGUCUCCUCCUCCUCCCUACCACUACAGCUCACCUCCCCCGCCCAUAAAGUCACCUCCGCCAGUUUACAUUUAUGCCUCCUCACCACCUCCAAUCCAUUACUAAGUUUUCCAAAGUGCUCAGCCAAGCAAGUAAUUCUUUGAAAUUUGAAUUCUUCUUUCCUUGAGAGAUCUACUUUAUGUUCUACUUAUCAAUGAUCUAAGAUUCAAAUAUUCAAUUUCUUUGUCCCAUUUUUCAGAUUUCAGUUUAAAGAACAUAACAAGUGAUGGCUUUUUGAGGGGAAGAUUCGAGCAUCAAUGGUACAUCGCGCUUAAUUUAUCGAAUGAGUUCUUCAUUUAUGCAACGGAGAGAUUGAUCCAU